AAAAUCUUUUUCUUUUAACCAAUGAAAUCUCUUAAAACUAUUUUGGCUCUCUCAUUUAUGUAUUUUACGGCUACGACAUCACUUGUAUCUUCUUAUGGUUUGGAACCGAAAGAUUUCUACAAAGAUAUAGCAAAGACAUUGGUGGUUAGUCAUAAUGGUAAAGGUGAUUUCAAAACCAUCCAAGCAGCCAUGGACUCUAUUCCUUCUAGUAACAAAAAUUGGAUUAAGAUUUAUCUUAAACAUGGAACCUACAACGAAAAGAUAGUAAUUCCGAAGGAGAAACAAAAGAUAAUAAUGCAAGGAAACAAUGCAUCAAAAGUGAUAAUUCAAUAUAAUGAUGCAGGACUAGCCAAUACGAGUGGUCCUAUAAGAGUAGACGCCGAAUACUUCGUCGCUAUCAACAUUACUUUCAAGAAUACGAAUACAAGGAUGACACCAAUAAUACCAUAUAAAGCGAUAAAGGUAGCUCCAUCAAUUAUAUUAGCCGCGGACAAGGCAUGGUUCUAUGGCUGCACCUUCAUCAGUGUCCAAGACACAGUCGCUGAUUUACUCGGCCGCCAUUACUUUAUAAAUUGUUACAUCGUAGGAGCCAUCGAUUUCAUAUGGGGAGGAGGCCAAUCUAUAUACCAAAAUUGUGUGAUAUACGUUAAAGGAGUGACAUCAAAGAAAAUGACGAAGGAAGGAGGAAUGUUAGAAGGAUACAUAACCGCACAAGGGAGGGAAAGCGAGGAAGACAAAAGUGGAUUUGUGUUCAAAAAUUGUUUGAUUCAAGGAGAUGGUAAGGCAUAUUUAGGAAGAGCUUACCGAAACUACUCUAGAGUUGUUUUCUAUGGAACCAACAUGUCCAAUGUUGUCGUACCUCGAGGAUGGGAUGCUUGGGAUUAUAACGACCAAGUGCAUAAAUUUACAUAUGCGGAGAUAAACUGCACAGGGGAAGGAGCGAAUAAGAAAGGAAGAGUUGGAUGGGAGAAGAAUCUUUCUGCUAAAGAUGUUAAAUUACUUAUUGAACCCAAAAAUUUCAUUGAUGAAGAUGGUUGGAUGGCCACUCUUCCUUCUUCUCUCGUCUCUUUAUUUUUUUAAAUGAUGUUCAAAGGAUUUUUAAAAUUUUAAGGUUUCCCCAUUUUACAAACACAAUCUACUUCUUGUCUUCUCACUCUCAGCCCAAUCCAUCUUUAAUUUCGCCAUGAUAUUAACUUGCUCAAUCGCCGAUAGAUUUGUUUGAGAACGUCUUGAUUAGUCUACUUAAAU